AUGACAACUGGAUUGCAAUCGUCAUUCAAUGGGCUCGCUUUGGAUGAUGAAGAGGCCUCUUCCUCAUUUUUCCUUGCAGAACCACUGAUAACCUCAGAACCUGAAGCCGACACAGACCCGAGAUUGUUAGGCGAUGACGUCACUGGCCAAAAUGGCGCUGACAGAGACACGUCUGCAAGCAAUACCUCAGGAGGGAAGAGGUGGUUUAGAUUCCAGAGUUUUCGUCGAAAAGGACCGCCUGAUGGAACAGGCGGUAUCGGCAGGGAGUUGACGAAACGAGCUCACGAGGGCGAUGAGGCUGCAACUGCGGGCAUGAAGGCCCUGAAUCUGCUGGAGCAGGGAGAGUACGAUGAUGACCUCCUCGACUGCGUACAGCUUUCGCGGGACCUCGAUGUUGCGAUGCGUUUGUUUUGCCACCACUUUCCUGACAACGAUCUGAGACGCGUUGUCUGUGGUGACAAGCGGAAGCACCUUGUUCGACUCCUAAAUCCUCUCCGGCAAAAGUUUGGAACUGCCCAAACCUUUUUGAGGCGCCUGACAAUCCCGCUUUCCCACCCUGUUUUCGUCAACAGUGCCCGUUCGCCCAUGUCUGAAGUCGAUCUACAGCCGCUGACAAUUAUGCUCGCAAACGCCGUCAAACGCAACCCCGACAUGACGCCAGCGUACUCCAUCUUCGAUGCGGAAUCAGGCCGGAGUUGCGUGGCAACGGAAUUGUCCCACAUCUACAGGGAACCUCCCCGUCUGAAUCCGAGGAAACUUGAAAAAUCGUUAUCGAAGAGAAAGGAAUGGAGACUGCGACAAGUGGCUGCUGCCGCAUACCCUGCGCACGCGGAUGCUAUGGAAAUUGCUCUCGUCCUCAGUGCGCUCGAUUUUUCGGGUUGCAGGGAACGCUGGAUCAAGGAACCCUACGUGACACUGGGGAACGUGGCAGCUGGGGCUACCGUCCAGCUUUCCAGAAAGCUGGCGACAGAACUUUUAGUGUCCUUUCUCAUUGCCAUGGCGUAUAGCGCAAACGACAGUGAAGCGGGUUCUUGUUCGGCAAGCGGAUCUGUGUCGGAAGUUCGUGCCUCGUGCAGGCGACUGAAGAUAAACCUUCAGCUGCAAGCGGAAAUUCAAAAAAUCUACAAUUCGGUUGCAGAUAACAAUCUUAGUACAGCAGAAGAACGCGUCAACAAACUCCGGAACAGUUACAAAACUGUUACAUUGGACGAAGAAUUUGUGCGGAGAGGAAACGGCUUCGCGGUUCUGAAUGCAUUCGCAGACACGUACAUGUUUUUGCAGCAAGUGGACAUGACGACUAAAGGAGCCCGUUUUCUGCGCUUUCUGAAUAGUAUGGGGCUGAAGCGCGCGCUUCAGUGGUACCUCACGAGGGUCUUCCGCAAACUUGCUGCAGGGUACAGGAAUCAAGGGGCAUCCGCGCUGCUGCCCAGCUCCGUUCAGGCUCCACAGCCCUUUAAAAACGUCAUGGCAGCCUCAUCUGGGGCGCACACUGUAUGUGGGAUCGGCAGUCGAUGGCUGCAGAAGUUUGUUACUGGACUGGUUGAGGUAACUUUAUCGGACUCUAGCCAGGCGGCGGGCACCGCGGAGCUGGACGCUCCCGGCGCACCGGCGGAUUCCGCUGUGUCGCAGCGAGGCCCCGAGGGAACCGCGUCUGCAGCAGGCCUCGGUUCUGGAGGCAUCACAAACGAAGGCUUCGAUUCUACUGAAACACCGUAUCAGGAGCCUCUUCAGGGUCAGGCUUCAGUUUUGUCGCCGUCCGCUCCAAGCGCAUCGCCCGUCGUACUAUCUUUCGCAGCAGGAACAAGCGGAGCCGACGCAGUUAUCGGAUUCACGCGAAGAGCAAAAAGUAUUGGGAGAAUCUUGCGAACAGUUGUGGCGGCGGCGCUCGCGGCAGAUCUCGCUUUUGGUUUGUGGUUCCCAGGACCUGUGCUGCCGUUAGUCCCAAGAUCGUAG